AUGGCGGAAAAGAAGAAGUCCGUAAGGAAAGGUGGGCGCUAUUGUGUCGCCGAAGUGCCUAACAAUUCAGAGCUGUACGAACACCAGCUACACGCCAGGCAUCUCGAUGCACCAAUUUCCUGUGGAUCGCGUUUUGAGAGAGAAAUGGGUGAAAUUCGUGCAACGGCACCGAGUGGAUUUCAAAGAGUGGAUUUCAAAGAGCCGAUUUCAAAGCAUGCCUCAUUGUGUUCGGUCCAUUUUGAGCGAAGCUGUUACGAGAACAGAAUGGCUUUCACGAUGGAGGGCAUGGAAAACACGAAGCGGAAUAGAGUUCUGAUCAAGGGUUCUAUCCCCACAAUACACGCAGUUGUGCCAGAAGUUUCCGAAGAAUUGACGGAUCGCAAGAAGCGUCAGUUGAGACGUGAUGCACUGACAGAGUAUGAGACGAAAGAAAAAAAGAGGAGAGUGGAGGAGGCUAGAGAAUCAAGUUGUAACCUACUAGAUUUUCACGACGUUGUAGAUGACGGAGGUGAGAAAAAUAUUUGCCCCGAUUCAACUCACACCCAUGUGAGCCCAAGUUCCACUGCCACCAGAGUUACAAUUGCUGCUCCUCCGCUGGCAUGUUCUACCCCUAUAACUUCACCACUUGCCUCAAUAUCUGCAAGUACAACUCUGAUCGAUGAGACGCCUCUGUCCGCUGUCACUCCAUCCCGAAGCUCAACUCCACUGUUAGGCAGCUCCUGUGUAGACUGCACACACAAGAAAAAGGUGAGAACCUUACAAAAACAAGUGAGACGCUUGAAGACAGCAGUCAAGGAACAGAAAAAGGAGAUAAGGGAGCUGAAAAGUGUAAGUGCUGAAAUAAACCAUUCUGGUCUUUUGUAUAUUCUCACGUACCUUUGCAUCAAUUAGAAAAUUUUUGUCCGUAUUCAUCAUGCAUCAAGAAAUUUUUAUGCAUUUGUGAAUAACUCUAACAUACGUGUUAAUGAUUUGUCAGCCAUGUAGAUAAUAAGU